AAAAUAGUUCCUGACUGUCUCGAUGUUGUCCCAAAACAUCACUUGCAGGUAGAAUUCUACAAACACGUUCUUGACUAUGGAUCUGUGUUGAAAGUGGAGGAUGUUAAUGAACCACCAUCGUGUCUUAGGUGGCCCAUAGAGAAAGGGGCAUACUACGCCAUGGCCUUUGUGGGAUUGGAUGUUCCUAUCCGCGAAGUGAAUACUGAGAGUGAAUUCCAACAUUUUCUCGUUGUCAACAUACCAGGAACGGGUCCAGAUUUUUACUAUGCAGAUUAUCCAACGAUGUAUGUUGGACUGAACCCAGUUUAUGAGCCAGGUUCCCAUCGACUGGUUUUCACAGUUUUCAAGCAGCCCGGAAAAAUACACUAUGAAAAGGACUUCAUCCCGAACACCUUCAUAAGUUGUGCACGGGCGAAUUUCUCAACAAGAAAAUUUGCGGAGGAUUACAAUCUUGGAGAGCCUUAUGCAGGAAACUUCUUCGUGGUCAAUAUGAAUGAUUCUAUCUUGGUGCCUGAUCAUCAAGAUCAAGAGAAUUAUUAUUGAUCAACUGUCUCGGAAUCCUAAUUGAGUAAGACAUGAAAACCUCUUGGCUCCGUAACCAGGGCAAGUUGACAAAACGAUCAAAUUUGGGAAAAAGCAGGUGAAAAACACAAGUUCUGCAACAUUUUGGCAAGCACUGAUUUUCAAAAAAUACAUUCAUCAAACAAUAAAAUAUAAUUGUAAUUACGUGUGCGACAAUUUAGAAAUUAACUGUAACCUUUAAUCUAAUGUAGAUUAUAUGUAUUGAUUUUUUUAAGACUAUGAUUUGAUUCUCGUCUAUUAUGAGUUUGAUUUAUUGUCAAACUGCAAUUGGUCAGAACGUAAUACACUCCCAAAAAACGAACGUUUCAUUUCAGCACUAAUGCAUAAAAACCUCAUGUAAGUAUAUUAAUAAAAACCUACAUGCAAUGAAUCGA